AAAACUCCAACUUCGCUGCCAAUGCCAAGCAGCGACGCCGGCUGCUCGGUCGCCGGCGCUCUGCCGCAGUCGACGGCGACGCGCGAUGUUCGAACGACGCGAGCAAACACAGACUAAAAACAGUUUGAAUUUCGCUUUCGAUCUGGUUGGUUGUGUUUUUUGGCUUCUCUCUGCGUGCGCCGUUCGUAGGUGGGAAAAAACGGAAAACAACAGCGAAGAACAGAAAACAGAAGAACUUGCAAACCGAAUCGAAAAAAAUCGAACAGGAACACUACAGUUUACAUUUUGGUCCUGCGACUUAAAAACCAAUCGGAAAUUUACACUCUUCUCCAUUCCUUUCUGUUUGCCGGCAAAAAAAAACCAGAAGCGGCAAAAGAGAGGCGCAAAAACAAACGCAGAAAGUGAAGCAAAAUGUGAAAAAUUUGCCGAACAUGGCGCCGCGUGUGUGAACGAGAGCGAACGAUCGUGUGAGAGGGAGACAGGAACGGAGCGAAGAUAAACAAUAAAAAACAAUUUUUGAUACUUAACGUUCUACAACAACAAUAAACUCAGCUCAGGUACAACAAAACAGAAAAAUUACGAAAAACAACAGACUGCAUUGACGGGAAUUUUUCCAAGUAUUUUUGAUACACACAGCAAAGAGGUGUACGAUUUUUAAGCAAUAAGUGAAAGCAAUUACCCAUCAAGUUUAAAUUAAUACCAACUCGGUAGAACCCCACUCGGAAAAACCAACUAAAAACAAUUGAAAAAUUAACCGAAAAGUUUAGAACCUAACCAGACUAAAUUGCAUAAUAACAAGCAUUUACUAUACACAAAAUACAACAAAUAAAUACCGAAAAUAAAGAAUAUAAAAACCGUAAAACUGAAUAAAAUCAGACUUCUAAAAAACCGUAAAACUGAAUAAAAUCAGACUUUUGUCUGCUAAAAUUUCGAAGAAUUUACAAAAAGCCACCAAAAUUCACGAAAACUCACUGGAUUUUCCAACGCAUUAGUUGAGAAAUAUUCUGGAAUCGGUUCAAAAAUAAAUAAAUAUAUGCCAGCAGCAUUUAAAUAGACCACAUAUCGCGCCAUUAAAUCGCGAAAAUAUCAACAAGCAAUAUUUUGAAAUUUAUAAUUGUGGGCAAAAUGCUGAUUCGAAAUAGAGAUUGAGGAUACUCAAGGAUAGCCAGCCAAAUCUUCUCCCCGCAAAGAGUGCAUAUUUAUACGUAAGAAAACACAAAUUUAUGGCUCCGCGUCGCAACAGCAACAUCAGCAGCAGCGGCAACAGCACCCAGCAGCAGCAGCAGCAUCACCAGCAACAGUUGCAGCAGCAGCAGCAGCAGCACCAGACGCAGCAGCACCAACUGCUGCAGUUCUACGCAGAGAACGCGAAUUCAUCAGGCGUCCUAAUGGCGCCCAUGCAGGGAACGGGUGGCGUUGGCGUAGGCGUGGGCGGUGUCGGGGGCGUGGUCCACUGCUGCCUGCCCAGCGGAGACUGCCGCAAACUGGACUCGCUGAUACCGCUGAACGAGCUCUCCCUGGCGGACUGCAUCCGCGUGCUGUGCAACAACGAGAACUGCAGCGCCGGCCAGUACAUGCACCGCGAGUGCUUCGAGUGGUGGGAGGCGAGUGUCCUGCAGGCGCUGAAGUCCAACGGCCGGGCUCGCUCCUGGUCGGAGAGGCAGCGCCUGCAGCACCUGUGGACCAAGAAGGGCUACGAGCUGGUCCAGAAGGCAUGCAGCUGCAAGUGUGGCAGGGGGCAGCUGCGCAAGGAUCUCGACUGGGUGCCGCCGAGCAGCCAGGGCGUCAUAUACCUCAAUGGGUCGGGCAAUGGAAGGGCCAGUCUGGGCAAUGGCAGCCUCAGCGAGGACGACGACAAGAAGAAGGCCAAGAAGAAGAGGAACCGCAACAACAACGGAGGCGGUGGUGGUGGUAAUGGCAACGCCAAAACCCCCUUGAGCAACAACAACGGCAACAGCUACGCCGCACUAACGCCCAAUCCGAAUGUGGGCGUCAUAGGAUCGGGCUUGCCCCACAACAACGGCAACACCACCACCUCCAAUGGCAGUGGCGGCAAUGGCUCCUCCGCCGGCCUGCUGCAGCCCAGUGCACUGGCCACAUUGAGCAACAUCCUCAAUCCGAACAAUGUCCUCGGCCUGGACCUGCGCGCCAGGGCCGGCAGCCUGUCCUCCAGUGGAGCCGGCAGUGGAUCCACCUCGCCAUCGGCCUCCCAGUCCAGUGGCGAGAUAUCCGUGUCGCCAGUGCAGCAGUUGCUGCAACAGCAGCAGCAGCAGUCGCUGCUCAUCCAGCCUCUGGGCCCCGCUUUCGGCAGCAACCUGCUGCAAAAUGGCCUCGGCUUGUCCAAGAACCUGCUGAUUGCUCCCCAGCAGCAGCAGCAGCAGCAACAGCAGCAGCAGCAGCAGCAGAGCAACCUGCCUGCUUUGGCCAACAUCAGCAACUUCAAGCCAUUGGCCAGCUACGAGCAGCAGCAACUGGUGCAGCAGCAGAAGAACAAGGAGGUCGAACUCUAUUCCGAGCGAGUGCGCUCCACAUCUGGCUGCAAUGGGAUCUUUUCGCGUCGCCUGGACUUUUCGUCGUUCAAUUUGCUGCCAAAGACUCGUUUGAAUUCUUAUCAAGUCAAGAUUGAGGACGAGGGCAACCAUGGCAACGACGAGACGCGCCUCUUCAUCCUCUCCUCGCUGGCCCAGUCCCAGAUGAGCCGGGUGGCCUGCAUUCUGUGCGAGGAGCCGCUGCUCGUCUUCGAUCGCUAUCCUCUGGUCGAUGGCUCCUUCUUCCUGAGUCCCAAGCAGCAUUCCAGCGGCUGCAUCGAGGUUAAAUACGAGGGACGCACUCUCUACUUGACCUGUGUGUGCAUGAGCUGCCUGGACGGAACCUCCAGCAGCCGCGUCAUCAACUGCAGAUUCUGCAAGGAGCCGUGGGAUGGCUCCAGCCUGGUCUUGGGCACCAUGUACGCCUACGACAUCUUUGCGGCCAUGCCCUGUUGCGCCGAGCGGUUCAAGUGCAAUAACUGCUUCAAGAUGCUGAUGCAUCCGCAGCAGCGUCUGAGCUUCUACAGUGACUACUCGCACGGCGUGACCUGUCCGUACUGCAACACGCAGGACACGCACUUCGUGAAGCCGCUGAGCUUCUGCUACGCCAAGAGCCCGGCGACGCGGCUGCCGACGCUCGCAUAACAUGAGGCCCCGUUGGAGUCGCCAGUGGGAACAGGUGCCACCACCACCCAGGUGCCAAAUGCCCAGGGCGCUCCAACGGCCUCCGGCUGCAGCAGCAACACCAUCGCCGGCAAGCAGCCACCAAAGCAGCCGCUCUUCAAUGCCGCCAUCGAUUACUCGGCGCCGCUGCAGCAGCAAAUCAAUCCGGACUUGAUUGGAGCACAUCCGCAUGCCCAGCAGCAUCAGCAGCAGGUGCGGCAGCAACAGCAGCGGCAGCAGCAGCAGCAGCAGCCAGCACCACAGCAGCAGCAACAGACACAACAGCAACAGUCACAACAACAGCAGCAGCAGCAGCAGCAACAGCAGCCACAUCAGCCUGCGGUCAGCACUUUUCAGAGGGUCAACUUCCCUCAGCUCAGCUCAACUUCCCAUAAAACCAUGAACAUGAUGGCCAUGACAGAUGUGAUGAGCAAGUACCAGCAGCAGCAGCAGCAGCAACAGCAGCAGCAGCAUCGCCAGCAGCAACAUGCAACACAGAAAGGACUCGAGGGCCUCCUAUUGACCAACACAAACACAAGCAACAACAACAGCAACAAUAGCAGCAGCAGCAGCAGCAGUAUUAGUAACUUAAUCAUUAGCCAUAAUUCAGCCAGCAAUACAGGCAACAAGAUGCAGCCCGCUUGGGGCCAGAGCGAUGCCAUCUCGGCAUUGUGGGGCUGUUCCAGCAGCAGCAGUGGCUGCUCCUCGGGCAGUGGAUCGCAGCCCUCGCUGAGUCCGACGGCCAGCAGCAGUGGCGGCAACGAUGGCUCCAAGAUGAUGUUGUGGGCGGCCCAAAGCUCGCCACAAAACGCCGCAGCACUCAGGGAUUCCGGAUUCAAGGAGUUGCAGCGCCAGCAACAGCAGCAGCAGCAGCAGCUACAACAGCAGCAGCAGCAAGUGCAGCAGCAGGUGCCACAGCAACUGCCACAUGCAGCCUCGCCCACAGCAUCGCUGACCAGCUCCAGUUCCUCCUCGAACGGAUGGAGCGCCUCGCACUAUGGCAAGGCGAACAUCUGGGAGCUGCCGGGAUCCGCAGGCCAAAGGACGCCGGCCAGCAGCCACGACAUCUUCACCGAUCUCCUGGGCAGCCUGAGCAUCAGUCCGGACAUCAAGGCCGAUGCCUCCGACGUCAGCUCGAAUUCCUCCUCCUCGGCCGGCGAGCUCCUGGAGGCGGCCAACAUCUGGAGGUUUCCGGAGUACGCCAGCCAGCUGUACAACGAGGAGCCCACUGGCGGCGGCGCAGCUGCCUGCAUGCAGCUCUUCAACGACUAUCUCAACAUGAACUAAGACGAGGGAUUGGGAGCCACCACAGCCUGCAGCAUUUGUUACUCUAGCUAAAUUGAAAAACACGAUAAUUGUGGAAAAGAAGGAGUAAGCAGGAGGAGGAGAGAGGCCAUGUAUGAGCCACUCCUGGAGCGAAUGUUUUAGUUUUUAAAAUCAUUUGAUUUUUUAUACACGCACUCACACACAACACAACACAUCUAAAACCGAGCGAAAACAAAGCAAACUAAAAACAAUUUUCUUGUUAUUUUUGUUGAGUUUUUUAGUUCUUUGUUUACACAACUACCUAAACGAAAAGAAGCAAUUUUUAGUUUUAUUUUAUAACGCAAAUUUUUUAUACAUUUUACCAAAAAAAAAAACAAACCGAAACGUAAAACAAAAAAAAAAAGGGAAAACGAGUAAACGAGAUGAAGGGACGACAAAAAAAAGAAACAUUUACAUCACGAUUGAGGGAAAAGUUUUAUUUAGCAAAAAUUGAAGGCAGGGCAUUAAAUUGUUUAAACAAAUCAUGAUAAUUGCUGUGCUGCUCAAUAACACAAAACAUUAUAAAAAUAAAAGCGAGAAGGAGUAGGAGUAGAGUAGGAGAGUAUAACAGAAAGUUAGAAGGGGAGAACAUGAAACAUUUGCUACAAUUUAUGAAACGUAAAAUUACACAACCUAAAUUUAAAAACAAACACAUAAUCGAUAAGUUGCACAUCUUUACCUAAGCGAUUGGUAAUUAUUCCUAGUUUUAGUAAGCGAAAGGAGAACCUCUAGAACCGAUUAAGUUUCUCGCUCCAGUUCAGAAGAGUUCAGUUAGGUCCUCAGACUAAUUCAGCCCCAGCAAACCACCCAAGCACCCACCCAUCCACCCACCCAUAGCAGCCAGGCGGCACAUGCAACAAGGUCACCACCCCCUCGCAACACCACCAACCCCCUUUCAGGAGUAUUUCAAGCAGGCGACCACACCCACGCCCCCAAACUCCUAGUUAAGUCCACAAAGAAAUGAAAAUGUAAUACAAAUACUUUCGGCGCAGCGUGAUCAUUAAUUAUUAAGUCUAAGUGUUAGGUUAUAGCGAUCUUCUUGUACAUGUGUAGGGUUCUUCUCUUUGUCUAAAUAGCAGAGCAGCCGUAUGUGAUGGAUCUCUAAAGGUUGAGUGCGAGCAAACCACAUGCGGGCACUCACUAUCGUUAGGUUUAGUAGGUUGUAAGGUCGAUUUUUCUAAAUUUUAAAUAUGGUAUGCAAGCAAACAUCCAGCAAUUUAUAGAGCGGUUCAAUGUUUCCUGUUUUGUGUUUAUUCCGUGCUUAGAAAAGUCACCAAAUCCAUGGGUUAAAAGUCCUUUCCAAUCCCACAGUCCUCACCCCAACCACUCGAAAUUGUGAGUAUUUAAUCGAAUUAAAUAAAAAUUCCCCCUUUGUGAAACUGCUUAGGCAGACUAAAUGUUUUUGCAAACCUUUCUCCUCUGUGAAAUUUUUAAUGAAAUUGAAAAUUAAAAACCCGUUGAUAUGUCCCCAUCUGUGAAAAAUAAUGCAAGGCAAUUCCCAAUCAACUGUGAAAGGAAUUUAGGCAACCUAAACCUUAAAUAUUCUGUGAAAACUUGAAUGUAAUUGAAAGUAAAAACCUUUUGAUAUUCACCAUCUGUGAAAGUUUUAAUGAAAUUGAAAUUAAAACACCGCUUGAUAUUACCCCGGUCUGUGAAGAAAAGUUUAGGCCAGCUAAACCCCCAACAAGAUCAGCAGAAACUGUGUUAGAUUAUCCAGCUUCGUUUCCCCUACUUUCCCCGUUUUCGAAUGUCGUGAAAUUUUAAUAAAAUUAAAAGUAAAACCCCUUGAUAAAUGGCCCCACUGUGAGCAAAUGUUUAGGCAGCCUAAACUCAAAUCGAUCAGCAGCAGCUGUGUUGCCCCAUUCCCCGAAUCCCACGGGUUCGUUGCGAACCCUUAAACGUAGAUCCUGUAAGUUUCGUCAAAUCAUCUGUGAGCAGAGUGCCGAGUCCUGCCCAAGCAGCAUUCCAUUUCGGAAAGCUGCAGCUGCGAGGGCUCGGCGCUCUUAAAGAACCUUCACUGUGAGCGUUCGAGAGGACAAAAUUUUUAUGAAAAAUUCUAAACCCACACCCAGUCGUGAGUAGGCCAGGCCAGAACAUUUUCAGAAAAUGUCUAAACCCCGAGACGACCCCACACCAAAUUGCCUCCAUUAAGACAGCCAAACUGUGACCUCCCCAAUUUGCUCAUGCCCUGUGAACAUUGAAAAUGUAUUUGUAACCCUGUGAGUUGUCCUUCGAAAGGAUUACGAUUUUUGAGAAAAAAUGUAAGACCCCCAACCCGAAAGCACUUGUGAAUGCUCCUAGAAUAAGCGGUCAUCUUUGGUUGCACAUUAUUUCGCAUACUUCUCAGCAGUGUGAUAUUGUUCGGAAUCCAAGAAACCCCUCGAAUAUCUGUGAAAUCCCAUCCUUGAACUCCCACCCACAACCCGCUUUAGCCCACUUUGGUGACUUUUGGUGAGGGAUCUGCUUGAAAUACAAAACCCAGGGGAUCGGGAUUGGAAUCUUUGGUUGCAUGUGCUGCAGUUUCUACAGUAAUCACAAAUCGAACGCCUCCUUUUGGGCAUUUAGCAUUGCCGCCAUUUUACAUACCAAAUAAUACACGUUAAUUAAACGACAUUUUUUUCAGAACGCAUGAAGGGACAAACUGAGUGAUAGUAAAUUUUUUUUGUACACAAAACCCACGAUAACGAGACGUCUUCGUUAUUCCUACUUAUAUAGAGCUACCGUUAAGUUUAUAAGUACAUACCCUAAUAUCCUAUACCCUAUACCGUAUACCGUAUACCGUAUAAACCUACACCUAACCAAGCUAAAUUGAUAGAAACUACACAUUUUGGCAUUUACUUGAGAGGAUUAUAUAUAAGUUUGGCACAGUUUAUAUAUAAUUUUCGUCUAAAUUUAAGGUUUUAAUCUAGCAUACAUGUACGCGCAGGAGGAAGUAGAGGAGUGAACUUAUUUAUAGGCAAGCCCCCCCCACACACACACACACACACACACACACACAAAACAUGACACACGUCACACAGAUACAGCAUAUAGUUAUAUAGAUAUUUAAUUGGAGUAACCCCUAGCCCUACGCUAAACUACACUACACUACAAACUAUCAAAUUAUAUUGGUAUAAGUUCUACGCAAGCAAAGCUGCCUUGCACCAAAAAGGCAGUGGCAACCGCACCACCAACUACUACGUAAGUCAGCCCGUGUUUUAGUUUGAUUCAGUGUUUGUUUUAGUUAAAUGUCGAGAGAUGAAACCACAAACUUAUGCCCACCUCAGCCACCAAGAAAGGAUAGAAUCGAACGAGAGCCCCAAAAGCAGUAAUAGUCAGACUUCCGAUCACAACUAACUACAAUUAAUCGCAGCCACUAGACACUAGACGGCGAAUGAAUCACACACAUAGUAGGAGUCUUGAGUCUUUUGAGUAAUAAGGCGAUGGAAGCGAAGGCGAUUGAGCGAGAGUAAACACACAUUAAAAUGUAAUUUAUAUUACCUCCUUAGCAAAAAUCAAUAACAAAUAACAAAUAACGAAUAACAAAUAACAAUGUUUUCUUAAUGCAUAUAAACUAUGAUAAAUCAAGGCAAAGUAAAACAAAAUAUGUACGUUUAAAUCGAGUAAUCAAUUCAUAAACAAUUAAAAGCAGUUUUUGUUUAGUUCAUAAUUUGUACUCAAAAAAAAAAACAAAAAAAAAACCAGCACUAUCACAUUUUAUGUUACACAAAUGAAAUAUUUGCGCGCCCUUUCUCAGUCCAAAAGAAAACCCUUUCAAUAUUUUCACGAUCCUUAGUUACUGGAAAAUGCCAAAAACCGUGUAGAAGCCGCAGCAAAAUGUUUAAACUUUAACCGAAAUUCUUAAAAACCAAUUUUUGAUGGCUCCCUCCGAGCUUUCUCAGAUCAUCUGAUGACGAAAUGUACAAAUUGGUGAAGUUUAGGCACUUUCAAACGCAGUCCUCCUCCGAUUUCCCAAGGUCAAGGCAAUAUAGCGCAGCAGAUAUUUCCGGAACUACACUCCCCCCAGCCCCCACCACCUUGUAAUCCCCCCGCCCUCGUUCACCAAAUUUAUAGAUUGUUUUUUAAUGCCACCCGAAUGUAAUUUUUGUUUUAUUAAAUAUACACACCUAGCACACUUUUGUUUAUGCCUAAUUCGUAAUGUGUAAUAUAUGUAUACUUUGUACCUUUUUAUGUUAUACACAAGUCCCUAUGAACCCCAUCCAACCCUCCUCCCCCAAGGAAUCAACCCCUCGCCCAGUGUUUUAUCCCCCUCCCCGCGCCCCUACGCUCCUCCUCUCCUACACAUUUUGGCAAUUCAACUUGAAUGUCUACUUUUAAUGUAAUUUAGUUGAAUAUUUUAGUUGAUUUUUAUUAUUAUUAUUAU